AUGAUGAAUGAUGAUGAUGUUGGUGGUGGUGGUGGUGAUGACGAUGAAGAAGAAGAUGAUUGUGAUGUUGGUUGUUUUGACGUUGGUUUUGGUGGAUGUGGUGUUGGUGGUGUUGGUGGUGUUGGUAAUUGUAGUUAUAGCAAUUGUGUUGGUGGUACUUUUGGUGUGCCAACGUGCUUUGAGACCUCUGCAGCGAUCGCGUCAUUAACGGACGCUUGUCUGCUGGAGAGCUGCCGCACGUUCCAGAUGGUUUUGUUGAAAUGUAUUAAUAGUCGUGGGCAAAGUUGGUCACUACUUGCGGCAGACGGACGCCGUCCGCGUCGAAUAUGUUGGUCGAACGGUUGAGGAUGUCUAAGAAUAGCUCAAUGCAUCCCUGAAGUUAUUGUGUCUUCUCGGUAAGGAGGGGACUGAUGUCGAGGCUGAGGAGAGGUGCACUACCUCUGGCUGUUGGACCAUAAACAGCAUUGAUCGUGGACAAGAAAUUCUUCCCUUCCUUGCCGUUUGCGCAUCCUUGAACCUCCUAAGCCUUGUGAGCUGUUCACUCAUCCUGCAUUUCGCACGGCCGCUGGUAUAGAAGGCAGAGGCUGCGGUUGAAAGCAGCACUAUUGUCAUCGGAGUAGCGGUCGACGUAGGUUUUUAUGUUGGCAGUUAUUCGCGGCGAGCAGGUUGCUGAUGGCGGCGUUGUUGCAAUCAGACCGAGGACAGACAACGCCGUCGACUGGACCGUGUCCCGCAUUCGUUACUAUCGGUUCCCUACGCAGGAGCUAUUGUCAGAUGCGGCUGCGUUGGCAGUGUAGCGGCUAAGCGUGAAUGGUGUACGCUCAGGGCGCCUCAACUUCAGGCCAUGUUCCAAGUUGUUAGAAGCAGGAGGCCAGUUAGUUAGGACACUUUAUCCUGUACAGAAUAGUGAAGGGGAAUGUUGGCAAACGGACGAGGAUGUGUCUGACUGUCUUCAUCUUCCUGCCUCAUUAAAAAACAUUAAGUGAUAGAAAAACAGCGGACUUCAAGAAUAUCACCAUCAUGCAUCUGUACAAUCGGAAAGGAAACCGUCAACGCUGCGACAACGAUCGAGGCAUCUUCUUGCUGAACAUCGCAGGGAAAAUCUUUGAUCGCGUCCUUCUGAACAAAACUCUAAAUGAAGAUCUCUUGCCGAAAAUCCAGUGCGGACUCCAUGGUCAUCUUAGGAUCACGCUCAUGAUUCGCAGGCCUUGCAAUGUGACUUUACACGCACUGGCAGCCUGGAAUGUUUGCUGCCUUUUAGAGCGACUGGAGAAACAAGCGACCGGGACGAUAAGCGGGGCGGAAAGAUGGAGGAGAAAGAGCAAAAUGCAGAGAGUUGUUUCUUCUUUGGAUCUUCUGGAGGUUAGUUUUGCGGAUGCGGCCACGGCCAGCUGGCAGAUCGCAGGGAUGCGGCGUAUUUGACUGGGUAAACUAUGCUAUACCUUUCCUCUGGAGACAACGUACCCAAUACCACCACCACCAUUUGCGCCAUCCCGACCGACAAUGCCACUAUCUCCGUUAUCAGUAUCAAACACAUAAUUCAUCAUCAAUCAGCUUAGCCAUCCAAUUUUGGCGUUGACAUGUUGCAGUCUGCAGGCAGUGGCUGGGCUGAGCAAUAUUCAGACAGUCAUUGUUGGCAUCGAAUAUCAGCGGGUAACCGUCACCGUCAGGCCCCUACUUCCUCCAUUUUAUGAUCUGCCUCCAUACUUUCACCGUUUUCACUCCAUCGUUCGCUUCAAAGUUCGUCACAUUGUCCUUUUCCUCCGAGGACUAAUGAUAAAUCUUUUUGAGCCAGUGGGUAUCCCUAAGGGGAAGGCCUUUAGGCUGAAUAAUCCGACCAACACCUUUGUAGAUCAAAUGGCUGACACGGAUUUGCCUUUAACUAUAUAGUGUUCCGAAACGAUUUUUUAAAAAUAACUCAGGUUCCUCGCCCCCGGUACCCUUUCUAGUAGUUUAAAUUUCUAUUACCUCGCAGCCGUUAGGCGCCCUAUUCAGCAGUGUGGUUUUCAAAGGCCAAUCGGGAAUUUAAUAAGUCAAACUAUACAGGGUAAUGUUUUGUGGAGGCCGGAAACACUUGCUGUGUGUAAAAUAAUUAAAAGUGUUUCCUAUACUAUCUUAAUUAUCGUUCCACGUCUACAGCAGUCUUUCCCAUUAAACACGCCUACAGCAUGAGGCAUCGCCAAGCCAUCGCUUUUCUGCCUUUCGUAUCAAUGAAGCAAACCCUACACCAAGUGUCAACCAAGUCAUGAGUGCUGAGAAAGCAAAGGUCUUCUUUGGGGCAGAAGCCUACUAAACAACCCAACCUGGCCUCGCGCAUGCACGUGCACUCGUUCGACCGCCACGCUGCCAUCUUGGCACUUGAACCGCGACUUGCAGAAGGUCGAUAACCCUCAGCCAUUCGAAUUCACCUCAGUCAGUAAUUAUGACGCUGCAAACGGUGCGAGGUCUAUGCCUGAAAAUUCUCCUCAUGCGUGCAUUUAUUCAAAUCAUUUGUGAGAUGGUUUCAACUCUCUGGAUUUUUUUGCGUCGCGAAUGUUGUUUUUUACCUGUUGAUUGGUAAGUGCUCACAUUAAAUCCCUUCAUGCACCUCGUGAUAUCAUUUAAAUUCCUGCUUACUACAAUGUAAUGUUUUACCUUUGCGAUUGCUCCAGGCUUAAUAUAAUUAUCCGAGUAUACGCAGACCGGAUUAUAGACUAACGGACACAUCUCAUCUCUUUACUUGUAGGCAUCGUCCUUUCUACCCCAUCGUUGUUCCUCGUUAUGUUUUCGUUGUUCAAUCUUCAAGAAGUGUUUCUUUGCUGGACGAAGCUCUGUGAAGGGAAGAUGUCUUCUCUCCUUGAGAAUCCCUUCAGCAAUGUGCGCCUAAGGAAUUAUUGUAUAUGUCGGCUGUAUAAUGAUCUACCAUCUUCGGUUGGUGUUGAGUCAGUAGCAUUCUGGUAUGCGGAAUGUGGCGAAGCGGAGCAGCAUGAGGAGAAGUAGAAGGAGAAGGCGGAGGAAACAGCUGAAUUUGGUAGAAGAAUAGAGAGUGGCUUGGUACGAGAGGAUGAGACGGAUCAGUCAGGUCUCAGUAAGUGCCUUAACUACUUGCACUAGCAUUCUAACCGUUGCUCAGCCGCUUCUGACUACUUAAACCCGCAUUCUUUACUUCGCAAUAGAAAACACCAUGCAGUACCCUAAGCCGCAGUUAAGAAAGCUCAAGUUUGUUCCAGAGCUCGAAGGAAUCGAGGAGUUUUCGGAGAAUGAUAAGCAGGAGAAUGAGGGGGAUCGCGAGGAGGAGGAGGAGGAGGAUGAGAAGGAUUUAGAGAAGGAGGAGGAGGACGCCUGUACCAAUGACAAUAAUGGCGUAAAACCGGACGUGACGGAGGGGGGCCAGCUGCAGAAGCACCAACAGCAGCAGCAGCAAAUGAUGUGA